AUGGAUUCAAAAGAACAACCACCCGCAGGUAAAAAAAGAAAUAGAAUACCUGCUUCAUGUUCUGUAUGUCGUAAAAGAAAAUCAAAAUGUGAUAGAGUUAGACCUGUUUGUGGUUCUUGUAUUAAAAAAUCAAUUGCUCAUUUAUGUUUUUAUAAAGAGUCAAAGCAACAACAACAACAACAACAACAACAACAACCAGUAUAUGAUUAUAUCCCACAUCAUCUACCACCUCCACCUUCUCAUCCUCAUACUCCUUAUGAUUUUAUACAAAGUCCUCAAUAUCAAAGUCCUCAAUAUCAAAGUCCUCAAUAUCUGAGUCCUCAAAAUUAUAGAAUGCCUCCUUUAACUUAUCGUUCAUAUUCAAUUCCAUUACCACAACCUCCAACUGCUCCACAACCACCACAACCACCACCAAUUAAAUUAAAAUCUAUAGAUUUUUCACCAAGAGAUCCUAUACUGUCACCAUCAUCUUAUUCUUUAAAAACUCCAAGUGAUUUUGCUUCAAAUAGUUUAGUUGCAAUACCCUUAGGUAGUAAUAGUUCAUUACAAGUCAAUCCAGAAGAUAGAAUGGAUGUUUUCACCAAUGCAAGUUUUUCAUUAUUUUUAGAAGGUCCAUAUUGGCAACAACAAGGUACAUUAUCAUAUAUAGGGUCUACUAAAAGUGAUCCAUUUAUUACUAUACUAAGAAAUUUUGUUGUUCAUUUAUUUAAAGCUGGUGAAAUGACUAAAUUUAUUAAAUCUGAUACAACAAGAAAGAGGAAAAAUUCAAGUGGAAGUGUUUAUUCAAAUAAAAAACCAAGAACAAGUUCAGGUACAAGUCCGUUAAGUCCAUUAAAUUUUACCCCAACAUUUACUCCAGAUAAAGUUGAAGAAAUUAUUAAUUCACCAAAUAGUAAAAAAGAAAGGAAAAUUCCAACUCUGUUUCCAUCAAAAUAUGCACCUGAUUAUUAUCAAUUAGUUGGAAAGAUAGUAUUAGAUUUAUUACCAAAUAAAAUUAACACUUUUCAAUUAUUUUGUCGAUUUUUCAAGUAUGUUUCACCAUUUGUACCAAUAAUUGAUGAACAUUCUUUAAUAGUUGAAGUUAAUGGAUUAUUCAAAAAUUUUCCGAGUUUUAAAAAAGAAUAUUUUGAUGAAUUAAUUAUUAAAAAUGAUAAUGAUUUGAAAGUAGUUGGGAUUUUAUUAUUAAUUUUAAGAUUGGGAUAUUUAACUUUAAUUCAUAAUGAUAGUGCUCAUAAUAAUUAUUCUGACGAUGAAAUUAGCAUUAUCGAAGAUGUUCAUACUAUUUCAUCACAAGAUUAUUUAAAAAUUGUUGAUUUAUGUAUUAGAGAUACUAUAGUUUCAAAAAGUACAUUUAAAAUGGUUCAACUUUUAACAUUAUUAUAUCAUUACAAAAGUAUUGCACCAGACGAUCUGAAUGGAGUAAGUGGAGCAGAUUCACAAAUAUUAUUAGGUACCACCAUAAAACAUGCCCUCUCCAUUGGAUUGAAUAGGGAUCCUACCCAAUACACGGAGAUAAUUAGCAACAAUCCAACUUUAAUUAAAAGUUGGAGGAAUUUAUGGUGGUACCUAUCGAUAAUGGAUGCAAUGACGUGCCUUCAUAAUUGUACGUCAUUAAAUAUUAAUCUCCAAAUCUCCGACGUUAGAAUCCCAGAUUCUGACUUUAACAUUUUACAACAUCUAAAUGAAAUUACUCAAUGCUAUCGAAGAAUUGUAAAUAAAAUAACAAAUGUCAAUUUGAAACCAAAAGUUAUUGAAAUUUUAAAAGAAACAAAUCACUUGGAAAAGAUUUUUUUUGAUUUUUUUGGUAAAGAUUUUUUUAAAGAUGAAAUUAUGAAACCAGCUUCUGAAUAUGAUUUAUUGAAAGUAUAUAAAUAUUGUAUUUUUAUUCAAUUAAGAACCAAUUUAUCUGGAAUGUAUUAUAUGAUUGCAAUUCAUUAUGAAAACGAAUAUAAUGAAUCUCAAACACCAUCAAUGAAUGCAGGAAUUGAAUUAUUCAAGAUAUAUAUUAAAUCAGUUGUUCAAUUAGUUUAUAUAAUAUCCUAUGUACUUGAUAAUUCAGUGGAAAUAUUUGGGAAAAAUUUUGAUUAUUAUUUAACAUCAAUAAAUGAAAGAUACAUGAUAAAAACUCAUAGUUUUUUACAAAGUUUUUUUGUUAGAUUAUUACAUCAAAAGAAAGAUCUUUCAUUUAAAGUAUUUAAAGAACCAAGUUCAAUACCAAGAUUAGAAGUUAUUGAUAAUUUAUUUACCAUGAUUUUAGUAGAAGCUGAAUUAUUUGUUGGAAAUUUUAGAAAAUUAUCAAGAACAUAUCUUAAUUCAUAUAGAAUUUAUAUAAUUACAUUUAUAGUUCUUAGACAAUGUGUUGAAAAUCCUGAUGUAUUUUUUGAAAAAGCAAUUAGUGAUCAACUGUUUUUCCAUCAAGGCACAAAUAUGAUUGAAUUUUUCACAGUUGCUGAAUUACAACAUUUAGUUAAAUUAUGUGGUGAAUUUAGAUUAGCUAAACAAGAACAAACAAAAUUAAAAAAUGAAAGAAGACAACAAACGAAUAUAUUUGAUGAUAAUAGUUUAUUUAGUAAUAAUUAUUUAUCAUUUUUUGAUGAUGAGAAUAUUUUUAAUAAUUUACAUAAUUUAGGUGAUGAAAUUAUAGAUCCUGUAAAAUCAAAUGAUGAUUUAAUGAGAAUUUUUAAUAUUUUUGGUGAUUUUGAUAAUGAUUUAAAUGUAUAA